AUGGCACCACGCAGUUCAGACCCUGACACCCUUAAGGGAUAUGACAUGGUAAUCACUGUGUCUCAGAAUGCCAUCAACAAGCAGUUCCGGGAACUUUACGACAGAGAAAUUCCAAGCGCCUUGAUGCCUGAUCCUGAGGACCUUGAGGGCUUUGAGACACUUCCAGCGGCCAAGCACUACAUCAACCACCAAGUCAAGAUCAAUCCCCAGACAUUGAUCGAGUGGGAUACGCCGGGCUUUGAGGACAUUCGGCCCGAAGUACGUCCUACCGAUGGCCUGUUCUUUCUCGAAAGCGACAAGUGGAUUGAAGGCGAGAUCGAUGCGCCCUUUGUCACCUUUGGCGAGGAGGAGGGCAACUAUCGUUGCGUGCGAGUCAACUUGAAAUUCAAGUCCGGAAAGCUCCACUACUCGAUCAAUGGCCACCAGGUCAAGGCCGAUCUUGGUGGCAGCACCCUGAGCUGGCUUACCGAUCUAUCUCACAAGGAGGUCGGAAACGUGAUGCAAAACAUUGUGGCCUUGUCGAAAAAGCGCGAAAGUCACACCCUUGUUGCCCAGCCUGUACUCGACAAGUUCGAGGAAGUCAGCGAGCAGAACUACACAGUUACCGCCCUCUUCUGUCUCUUCCAAAGCACCAAAGUCGUCAACAGCUUCAAGUUCAUUGACUUCAAGGGCGUCAACAAAACGCAGACCGCAGCCUCAAAUGAAGCUGCUAACUUGCUGUCUUCCUACUUUCAGGCGUUGACUGAGAGAUCCCAGAUCGCGUCGACGCCCAACAAUCCCUUCGUCCUCGGAUACGGCCUCACCCAGGAGCUUGCGUCUCAGACAGCCGAGCAGAAGGCCAGGGCAGAGAACGUCCCCUACCUGGUCCCGAAACGGUUCGAUCUUUCGGUGACGAAAGGGGAUGGCGACUACUCAAAGGGCGUCAUCAACUACUGUAUCCUCACUCGCAGACCCAGCGGUGUCUCGGAGAGCAACAUCAGCAUUAAGGAGGAUCCCGGCGCAGGAUUUUGGCAGGAUGGAAACACGCCUUUCAAGCGCGUCCGAGCCGAUGGCAUGUCGAGUGGUGCAGAUGGCGUUAUGGCCUUUUCUCGGGGCAUCUUUCGUGACUUCUGGCUGAAGGAGCAGUUCCUGAAGUAUUUCAAGGUCAACACGACCGAGCUUGCUGCGAUUCUGAUUCCGGAAGGCGACAACGUGGCGAGAGAGACAUGGGGGCGAGGUCUCUGGAAGAAUGAUGAGACCAUCAGCGUCGAUGGUACCACCAAGCUUACCCUGAAACAGGAAUUUGCGUUCAACGAGAUGCCAUGCCAUGAAAUGGACGUGGACCGUAUGAUUCAGACCGAAGAGCUGAGCACUUUCCUCAAGGUGGUUUUGCAGGCUUCAAAGGCGAUUCCGGGGAUGGAGCUGAAGUACAACCAGAGGCGGCUGGCCAACGGAGUUGCCGAGGCCAUCUUGACGUACACUAGUGACGUGCAGCAGAACCCUGCCAUCGAUAAAGCGUCGGAUCAACAACGCAGGUUAAAGUUUGAUAUUGAAUUGAAAUCGCUGGUGUCCAUAACACAGCAGGCAUCUGGCAUUUGCAAUAUCAACCGCCUUGCUGAGGACAAAAAACGACUCCUCAAAUGGGUUGCUCUCCCGCCAACUAUUAUCGUCGAUAUCCUGAAUGAUCGCGAUUACUUCGAGCGCGUCUUCUCCGAAUGGCGCGACGCGCGGCGUGCCGACGUUCAGAUCACCACCCGUGCCGGAUUUGACAUGCACCCUGCUGGCGACACCUGGAAGCUCAACCUCAUCAAGGACAAACCACGCACAACAAUCCCUUUGGGCGACGAGGAGUUGCCGCGACAGACGAUUGGCCCAGAGACGUAUAGCACCUUUGAGAACAUCGGUGGUGUUGAGAAGAUGAGGGACUUGAAUGAACGCAGCAAGGAAGAUGGCGUCAUUGUUGAGCUGUCCAACCACGAGAUGUUCAAAGAGUUCGGCACGCCGAAGGGCAUGGAUGGGUUCGCAAAGCCAGCCCACCAGUGGGCUUCUGGCUUUGAGAGCAGCCUCGAGGCCAGCAUGGCGGCGCUUGCGAGCAGUCUCCAGACGAAGCUCAUCCUGCCGGCGGGCAACGUGUUCGAGUUCAAAUCGCUGAACACGGACUCAGAGGGUCAUGUGUACUCGUUGAUUACGUACAAGAAGGCCAAGGUAUCGCAGACCUGA